AUGAGCCGCCUACGUCUGCUCAGGGGUGAAGUUUCUUGCUGCUCUAUGGGGGCCCCCUUGUAUAGGGGCCCCCAUCACAGGCCAGUGGGGCCCCUCCUAAGGGCCCUCUCUCUCAGCAGCGGGGGGGCCCCCUGUCUUCGCUGGAAGUCUUCAUUUGUUCACGUUGUAUCCAGCAGCAGCCGCUGCUGCAGCUGCUGCUGCUGCAGCAACAGCAACAGCAACAGCAGCAAUAGAAGCACCACCAGCAGCAGCAGCAAGGUAACUUAUGGGCGUUCGUUUUUUCGUCGUUUCACUUCAGCAGCAGAUACUGCUGCUGCAGGUGCUGCUGCUGCAGGUGCUGCUGCUGCAGCUGCUGCUGCAGUCCCUGUGACACCCCCGAGGCUACGGCUUCAGGGUCCCCCCCCUUCUCCGCGGCUGCAGGUGCUGCAGCGUCUGCAGCGACUUGUUCAGCAGCAGCUGCAACUGCAGCAGCAGCAGCAGCAGCAAGGUGCACGGAGUGGAGAUGCAAGAGCUCAGUCUAUUGUAGGACCUCUAUCAAGUGGCGGGGUGUCUGAUGAGGUAGCAGACGCAGCAGAAGACGUGUGGGGCCCCACAGGGGCCCCGUGCGAAGCAGCAGAUGCUGCAGCCACUUGGGGUCACGAAGGAGACGCUCCUGCUGCUGCUACUGCAGGAGCUGCUGCCCAGGCGCAGCAGCAGCAGCAGCAACAACAGCUGCAGCAGGAGCUGCAGCGAACAGCAGAUGAUAUCGUCAGGCUCAGCGGGCGCAUGCAGCCACGGGAGCUUCUUGAAGUGCUGCGGCUGUUUGCUGCUGUGGGGCGGAGGGACCCUCAAGUGCUGCUUGCUGCUACCCAGGCUUUGCUGCAGCAGCAGCCCGAGGAGCGGCUGCAGCAGCUGCUGCCUGUUACGCAGCAGCAGCAGCGGCAGCAGGGGGUUGAGGCCCUCUCCGUGCUGCAGACAGUAAUGCUGCUGCGGUAUCUGCAGCAGCUGCAGUUUGUCUGCUUACCUCUGGCUUUGAGGGCGCUGCAGCACUUAGACGCCUCUCUAACCCUAGCAGCACAGACGUGCAUGCAGCUACAUUACCUGCAGCAGCAGCAGCAGCAGCAGCAGCAGCAGCAGCAGCAACAGCAGCAGCGGCUGCCUGACUGCUUUGCUGAGACUGACUACGCAGUGCUUGCGCCUUAUAUUCCUUGGCAGCAGCCUGUGGUGUGCGACCAAGCAGCAACAGCAGCAGCAGCAGCAACAGCAACAACAGCAACAGCAGCACACUGCGGCGUGCAUGCAGGUGGGGCUGCACCUGCUGCUGCAGCAAACGGCGAUGCUGAGCUCCGUUUGCUGCCUGACGCGUCUGCUGCUGCCGCUCCUGCUGCUGCUGCAGCAGCAGCAGCAGCAGAAGGUGGUGCAUUAGCCAGUGCAGCAGAAGCAGCGGCAGCAUCAUCAGCAGCAGCAGCAGCAACAGCAGCAGCAGAUAGCGAUUGGCGCUCCCGGUGCGCUCUGCAUGCCGUUGGGGUGUCUCUACUCAGCAGCAGCUUAGUAUAUUUUGCUGCUGCUCUGCCUCCGUCAGAACCAAGGUCUGCUGCUGUUAGGCGCUUAAGCGACCUGCUGCAGCAGCUGCUGAUCUCCAGAGCAAAAGAAUUCAAUGCGCCCCAAACUGUCUCCCUUGCGUUGAAUUGCUUGGCUUUGGGCCGCACUUCUGCUGCACUGACGAAUGCUUUGCUGCAGCAAACCCCUCAUUUGCUGCCUUUCUUCUCGUUUCCUUUACUUACUCUUCAAUUAAAUGUUAUUACCCGCUUGCUGCAGCUUAAUGCGCAUGCGCUGCAGCAGCAGCAGCAGCACAAGCAGCAAAAGCAGCACAAACACGCUCAGUACCAGCACCCGCAGCAGAAGCAGCAGCAGCAGCAGCAGCAACAGCAGCAGCAGAUAGAUAUACAUGCACUGCCGCAGCUCUGGUGCAGCAUCGUAUCCCGGCUGUCUUCCGCGCUGCCGCAAGACCCAGCAGCAGCUGCUGCUGCUGCUAGCAGCAAUACAUCUCGUGCACGCCUUAGAGACCUGCUGCACGACCAUAUCUUAGCAGCACAAGAAGCAUACGACGCCUCUAUUCAGCAGCAACUGCAGCAACUGCAGCAGCAGCAGCAGCAGCAACGACAACAGCAGCAGGAGGCAGCAGGUGGAGAUGAGAUUUUCUCAGGUGCAGAUGGAUUAGGGGCCCCUGGGGGCCCCCGAGUGUCGUCUGUACCCUCUCUGCCUUUCGCGGGGGCCCCUGGGGGGCCCCCUGGGGGGCCCCUUGGGGGGGCCCCCAGCCUCCCACCAGUGCAGCCGCAAGACUUAAGAAAUGUUGUAAACGCUCUUAACUCAUUCUCUCGCUUGGCGCAUAUGGGUCUUGUGUCUUUGCGGGAUGUUGCUGCUGAAGCAGCAGGGGCUGCUGCUGUUGCUGCUGCUGCUGCUGCUGCUGCUGCUGACCAGCUGGUGCCCGCAGCGUUGCGCCAGCAGCAGCAGCUGCUCAAGAGCCAAGCUGCUUCUGGUGCAGCAGCAGCAGCAACAACACCAGGUGCAGCUGCAGCAGGAGAUGUUGACGAGCUGCAGCACUGGCAGCGCAGCAAGGCUCGCCUCAGCAGCGUCGUGGAGUGUACAGGCAGCUUCCGCAUGCGUGGGGUGGAGAUGACACCUGGGGAUCGUCGCAGCAGCAGCAGCAUUUACGCCUUCUUCCAUAGAGCAGUGCUGCUGCUGGUGCAGCAGCAGCAGCAUCUAGAUCCGCAGUCUCUCAGCAACGCCGUCAACGCAUUCGCAAAGGCCAGGCUUCAGGGGCACGCAGUCUAUGUGGCUCAGUUAAUCCCACGGAUGAUUGAGACAGCAGCCGACUUCAGCUGGCAGCACUUAAGCAUGACGCUCAAUGGAUUUGCAUAUAUGCGCUAUAAGGACGACAGGCUGCUGCAUGCAUUUUGGGAGGUGCUGAGGCAGCGGCCUCUUCACCAGAUGGGGGCUCAGGCGACAACAAACAUAAUCCACGCAAUGGGCAGCUUCGGCUUCAGACACCCAGAGAUGAUCAGGUACUGCAGCAGCAGCAGCAGCAGCAGCAGCAACAGCAGCAGCAGCAACAGCGGUAGCAGUAGCGGCAACAGCUGCAGCAGCAGCAGGAAUAUCAACUGCAGCGGCCUCACAAAUCUACUCUUCUCGCUGGUGGUGCUAGACUGCGUGUACGAGUGUAGCUUCCCUCCCCAGCAGCAGCAGCAGCAGCAGCAGCAGCAGCAGAAGCGGCAGUGGCAGCAGCAAGGGGGUAUCUGGCAAGAGCUGCUGCAAGCUGCAUGCAGGAGAAAGGACCUCAAGCUCGAAGCAAUGACGAUGCUUAAGGUGUCGGCUAUGGCGUUGUUUGGGGUGUAUGGGGACCCAGCAGCAGCAGUAGCAGCAGCAGCAGCAGCAGAAGCAGCAGCAGCACAGCAGCACAGCAGCAGCCGCAACGCAUACAACCGCCUCUACGACAGCAGCGGGAACUUCUUGCUGCAUGCGCUGCAGCAGCAGCAGCGGCAGCUAGAACGUCAGCAAAAGCUGUACGGAGGGGCCCCCAUAGCUAGACGCAGAAUGCUGCUGCAGGGAGUAGAAACAGCAGCAGCAACUGUAAAGCAACCUGAUUAUAUCUUCUUGCCCUACAAUCAACUUGAUGAAGGCCAUAAGUUCCUCGCUGCACUGCUGAACACGAGGACUUUGAUGUUUUACCCGGGGAAGCCGUCAGGUAAGAGAGAGCCAUAA